AUGACGCCGCACCGAGAAGACUUGUUCGACUACAAAAACCUAGUGACAAGCAUUGAGGUGACCAUCGCGGAUGGAAAGAAGAUCCGUGUGGUAGGAACCGGAUCGGUGCGUUUAACGGGCAUUGACGGCAAGCGCAUUCGGAUGUUAGAUGUUCUCCACAUCCCUGGCCUGGAUCGACGACUACUAUCGGUCGGCAAGCUUGCAGAACGCGGACUCAAUGUUGAGUUCGAGCGCACAUCAUGUAUCAUUUGGAACAAAAAGCAAGCCACCGCCUCGGGGAAAAAGGUCGGCAAGGCCUACAUACUAGAAUGUCAGCAGGAAACGGCGCAUUACGUGGAAUAUUCGGACGUCGAUAGCAAUUAUGAUCUUUGGCACGCUCGUAUGGGUCACUUGAAUAAGGACGCGCUGGAAAAGACGCAGCGUGUGACGACUGGUAUUUCAAUUACCAAUUUCAAGACGAAGGCGCUAUGCAGUGGAUGCUUGAAAGGCAAGCAAAUGGUGACACAAUUCCCAUCUCAUUCACAGACGAAGACGUCUCGUGUUCUGGAACUUGUGCACACGGACGUAAUGGGACCGAUGAAGACGAGAUCAAAAGGUGGCGCAAAGUAUGUGCUUACCUUCGUUGACGACUACUCAAACCCUCAACAAAAUGGAGUGGCUGAGCGGAUGAACCGAAAGAUUAUGGAGAAGGCACGGAGCAUGAUGCACUACAAGGGUGUUUCUACUUCCUGGUGGGCAGAGGCAAUUAGCACGGCAGUGUACUUAAUUAACCGGACAACAAAUAGCACACACACUGACGCGACUCCAUACGAGAUUGGAUUUAAGAUGAAGCCUCGACUAGACCACUUGCGAGUGUUUGGAUCAAUUGGUUAUGCUCAUGUCGACGACGCUAAGCGCACCAAGCGCACCAAGCUCGAGCCAAAAAGCUUCAAGUGUUUGUUUCUUGGCUAUGGGGUCAAUACGAAGGGCUAUCGCGUCUAUAAUCUGGAUCUAAAUAAAGUCAAGAUAUCAAGAUCAGUGAAGCUCGACGAACGCGAAGUGAAUGGAAUUUAUAGCACGUCGACGAUGACAGAAAAUACUGAAGUCAUCAACGUGAUAAAGGACAUCGAAGAAGUGGCUCAGCCGGAAAAUGAGAAGGAACAUCCUGUGGAGGAUGAACCAAUGGAAUCGACAGCGGACCCAUUUGAAGUCGUUGAGAUGCAAGAAGAUGAACAUGAGCCUAUAUCAUCAGGAAGAUAA